CCCGGGCCGGGAGCGCUGGGCCUGCCGGGAAGGCGCCCGGACGGUUACCCAGCGGGCCGCCGGCGGUCGUGGGCGAGCUUCGCCAUGCAGAGCACUGACCUAGGCAACAAGGAGAGCGGCAAGAUAUGGCACCGCAAGCCGUCCCCGGCCACGCGGGACGGAAUUAUAGUGAACAUUAUUCACAACACUUCCGAUUACCAUCCAAAAGUUUUGCGAUUUUUGAAUGUGGCUUUUGAUGGCACAGGCAACUGCUUAAUUGCUGGGGACCACCAAGGAAAUAUUUAUGUUUUUGACUUGUAUGGAAACAGGUUCAAUCUUGUUCAGCGAACAGCACAAGCUUGCACAGCUCUGGCCUUUAAUCUUCAUAGGAAAUCUGAAUUCCUUGUGGCAUUAGCUGAUUAUUCUAUUAAAUGUUUUGAUACAGUCACCAAGGAGCUAGUUAGCUGGAUGAGAGGACAUGAGUCAUCAGUAUUUUCGAUCUCUGUGCAUGCAUCAGGGAAAUAUGCCAUCACCACUUCUUCUGAUACAGCACAAUUAUGGGACUUGGAUACCUUUCAGAGAAAAAGAAAGCUGAAUAUUCUCCAGUCUGUGGGUAUACAGAAGGUUUUCUUUCUACCAUUAAGUAAUACCAUCCUCAGCUGUUUUAAAGAUAAUUCCAUUUUUGCCUGGGAAUGUGACACACUUUUUUGUAAAUAUCAAUUGCCAGCUCCACCUGAAAGCUCUAGUAUAUUAUACAAAGUGUUUGCUGUGACCAGAGAUGGCCGAAUCCUGGCUGCUGGAGGCAAGUCAAAUCAUCUUCAUUUGUGGUGCUUGGAAGCUAGGCAGCUCUUUAGAAUCAUCCAGAUGCCCACUAAAGUUCGAGCCAUUCGCCAUCUAGAAUUUCUUCCUGAUAGUUUUGAUGCUGGUUCUAAUCAGGUGCUUGGAGUACUAAGUCAAGAUGGUAUUAUGAGAUUUAUCAAUAUACAGACUUGUAAACUUCUCUUUGAGAUUGGGAGCCUUGAUGAAGGAAUUAGCUCAUCAGCAAUUAGCCCACAUGGACGGUACAUUGCAUCUAUUAUGGAAAAUGGAAGUCUAAACAUAUAUUCAAUUCAGGCUUUAACACAAGAAAUAAAUAAGCCGCCUCCACCUUUAGUGAAAGUUAUUGAAGAUUUGCCCAAGAAUAAACUGAGUUCCGGUGAUCUUAAGAGGAAAGUAACAUCAGGAAGAGUACAGCAGCCAGCAAAAUCUAGAGAAAGCAAAAUACAAACUAGAAUAUUAAAACAAGACCUGACUGGUGAUUUUGAAAGUAAAAAGAAUGAAUUACCAGAUGGAUUAAACAAAAAGCGUUUACAAAUCUUAUUAAAAGGCUAUGGUGAAUAUCCAACAAAAUACAGAAUGUUCAUUUGGCGCUCUCUACUACAACUGCCUGAAAAUCAUACUGCUUUUAGUAGCCUCAUAGAUAAGGGGACUCAUGUGGCAUUUCUCAACCUUCAGAAGAAAUACCCCAUCAAAAGUAGGAAACUACUCAGAGUAUUACAGAGAACCUUAUCUGCAUUAGCUCACUGGUCUGUCAUUUUUAGUGACACACCGUAUCUUCCACUCUUGGCAUUUCCAUUUGUAAAAUUAUUCCAGAACAACCAACUCAUCUGUUUUGAAGUUAUUGCUACUCUCAUAAUCAAUUGGUGUCAACACUGGUUUGAAUAUUUUCCUAAUCCUCCUAUCAAUAUUCUUAGUAUGAUAGAAAAUGUUUUGGCAUUUCAUGACAAGGAACUGCUGCAACACUUCAUAGAUCAUGAUAUAACCUCCCAGCUAUAUGCAUGGCCUCUUCUUGAAACUGUGUUCUCAGAAGUGCUGACAAGAGAGGAGUGGCUGAAAUUGUUUGAUAAUAUCUUUUCCAACCAUCCUUCCUUCCUUCUGAUGACUGUUGUAGCCUACAACAUGUGUUCUAGAGCGCCUCUGCUCAACUGUAAUCUUAAAGAUGACUUUGAGUUUUUUUUUCACCAUCGGAAUAACCUGGAUAUAAAUGUUGUGAUUAGACAAGUUUAUCAUCUCAUGGAGACCACGCCUACUGACAUUCAUCCAGACAGCAUGCUUAAUGUUUUUGUUGCACUGACCAAAGGGCAGUAUCCAGUAUUUAAUCAAUAUCCAAAGUUUAUUGUGGACUAUCAAACACAGGAACAAGAAAGAAUAAGGAAUGAUGAAUUGGAUUACUUAAGAGAGAGGCAGACAGUUGAAGAUAUGCAAGCUAAACUCGACCAGCAAAGAGUUGAAGAUGAAGCUUGGUACCAGAAACAGGAGCUGCUUCGUCAAGCUGAAGAAACAAGAAGAGAAAUGCUCUUACAAGAGGAGGAGAAAAUGAUACAACAAAGACAGAGGCUAGCUGCUGUGAAAAGACAGCUGGAAGUAAAGGAAAUGCACUUACAAGAUGCUGCAAGAAGGCGUUUUCUGAAGCUUCAGCAAGAUCAACGGGAAAUGGAACUAAGAAGACUGGAUGAUGAAAUUGGGAGAAAGGUAUAUAUGAGAGAUCAAGAAAUUGCUGCCACAGCCAGAGACCUAGAAAUGAGACAGCUGGAACUCGAAUCACAAAAGAGACUUUAUGAGAAGAAUCUUACUGAAAAUCAAGAAGCUGUUGCAAAAGAAAUGCGAGCAGAUGCAGAUGCCUAUAGACGAAAAGUGGAUCUUGAAGAACACAUGUUUCAUAAGCUGAUAGAAGCAGGUGAAACCGAGAGUCAGAAAACUCAGAAGGUGAUUAAAGAAAAUUUGGCAAAGGCUGAACAAGCAUGCCUAAAUACUGACUGGCAGAUUCAGUCUUUACAUAAACAAAAAUGUGAUGAUCUACAACGAAACAAAUGUUACCAGGAAGUAGCCAAACUCCUUAAGGAAAACAGAAGGAAAGAAAUAGAGAUAAUAAAUGCAAUGGUGGAGGAGGAAGCCAAGAAGUGGAAGGAAGCUGAAGGAAAAGAGCUCCAUUUGAGAUCAGCAAAGAAAGCUUCUGCUCUUUCAGAUGCAUCUAGAAAGUGGUUUUUAAAGCAAGAGAUAAAUGCGGCUGUAGAACAUGCUGAAAAUCCAUGUCAUAAAGAAGAACCCAGGUUCCAAAAUGAACAGGAGGACUCAAGCUGUUUGCCUAGAACCUCACAAUUAAAUGACUCUUCUGAAAUGGAUCCCUCAACACAGAUUUCUUUAAAUAGAAGAGCAGUAGAAUGGGACACCACGGGACAGAAUCUUAUCGAGAAAGUGAGAAAUCUUCGCCAGAGACUCACUGCUCGGGCUCGUCACAGAUGUCAAACCCCUCAUCUUUUGGCUGCAUAGAACGCAUGUCACCUUGAGACGGUCGAGAGAGAGACCUAUUUUGCAAUCAGUGACACUGAUUUUUAGAUUAUUUAUUUAAAAUUCCUAUAAAGAUCAGCCCUUUGUACAGAAAAAUGUGUCUAUAAAAAUUAUGUGUUAUUUAAUUCUGAUACUUUUUGGCUUGUAAAUGGCUUCUUGAACUUUUUACAAUAAAAAUGUUUUAGAAACUGUUAAA